UGUAUAAAAGCUCGAGGCCAGAUUUUUGAAGGGCAAAUACAAAAAUGAACGUUCACGUAGUUCUUGCAUUUUUAGCUGCAACGGUCGAAUGCAAGACCAGAAAAAGAGCACUACAAAAAUCGCACGAAAAACCCCAAAUAGAUAAAUGGACGGAUAAAAUACUGGGGAAAGAUUUUUUUAAUCAAGACUCAACAUUGGCGAAUUUAAUAUCAACUGUUAUUAAUAACCACCUAAAAGAUUGCGUUCCAAUAAUCAUAUACGAUAAUCAUAGUCGAAACAAAUCAUCACUUUUGGAUCAAAUUCUAAAGAAAAGUGAAAUCAGUAUACUACAUGGUCAAAUAUCCGAUGAUUUCACUUUAAAGCAAAGAAGGCUAAUGGAUCCUCAACCGAACGCCUGCAAGAGUUACGUCCUACUUUUACAGGACGUUAUAAAAACAAAGGAUAUACUUAAAUUAAAAACAUCCGAGAAAAUUGUUAUAGUCACGAGUGCCUCACAAUGGAGAGUCAACGAAUUUUUAUAUUCCGAAUUAUCUCGAAGUUUUGUAAACCUAUUAAUAAUUUCACCUACUUUAGAUUCGCUCGUUAAUAACGAAGCUUACGUUUUAUAUACUCAUAAAUUGUAUAUAGACGGAUUAGGUUCAAGUGAACCAACAAUCUUAACAUCUUGGAUUAAUAAUUCUUUUACAAGACCGGAAGUUCAGUUAUUUCCGCAAAAAUUAGAAAAAGGAUUUUCCGGUCAUAGAUUUAUUACGUCGCUUUCAAAUCAGCCCCCUUUCGUCAUAAAAACAGGUACAGAUGAUAACGAGGAUAUCGUUUGGGACGGCUCGGAAGUGCGGUUAUUAAAGUUAUUGUCAGAAAAAUUCAAUUUUUCCAUCGAUUUUAAAGAAUCAAUAACGGAUGUUGAAAAAAGUCCGGCAGACACCGUAAUAGAUUCCGUAAUAGAAAAUAAAGCAAUAGUCGGUAUUUCUGGUAUUUAUAUAACAACUGAACGAUUACGUGACUUGGACGUCACUUAUCCACACACACAAGAUUGCGCUGCAUUUAUAUCCCUAACAUCAACUGCUUUGCCAAGAUACAGGGCAAUUCUGGGCCCUUUUCAUUGGUCAGUUUGGGCUGCCCUUACGACCGCGUACCUUCUCGGUAUAUUUCCCUUAGUAUUCGCAGACAAGCACACGCUCGUACACUUAAUCAAAAACCCGGAAGAAAUAGAGAACAUGUUUUGGUAUGUUUUCGGCACCUUCACCAACUGUUUCACCUUCGGAAAAGAAAGUUGGACAAAGUCCGAUAAAAACACGCCGCGAAUCCUCAUGGGUUUCUACUGGAUUUUCACCACAAUCGUCACCGCCUGUUAUACCGGUUCAAUUAUAGCUUUUAUCACUCUUCCCAUUUAUCCGAUCACCAUAGACACAGUUCGUCAACUACUUUCGGGAAGAUUCCAAAUAGGAACACUAAAUAAAGGCGGUUGGGAUUAUUGGUUUAAAAACUCAACCGAUCCUUACACUGAAAAAUUAUUUAAAAACGUCGAGUAUCUUCCAAACAUUGAAUCAGGACUUAAAAACACCACCAAGGCUUUUUUUUGGCCUUACGCUUUCUUAGGAUCGCGAGCUCAACUCGAUUACAUCAUCAGAACAAAAUUUACUAGUACCAAUAAAAGACAACUCCUUCAUAUUAGCUCCGAAUGCUUCGUCCCUUUUGGCGUUAGCAUUAUUUUUGAAAAAAACUCCGAAUAUAAAGAUUUCAUCAAUAAAGGUAUCGGUAAUAUGAUUGAAACUGGGUUCAUGAUUAAAUUUCAAAACGAUAUUGAAUGGAAUAUGAUGCGUAGCUCAACUGGUAAACUUUUACAGGCAAACACAGGAAAUAAUUUGAGAAGUAUAAUAGUUGAUGAUAGAUCAUUAUCAUUAGACGACACACAAGGAAUAUUUUUGUUACUCGGCGCUGGUUUUCUAAUGGGCUUAGCGGCCUUAAUAUCAGAAAUGUUAGGCGGUUGUUUUAAUUGUUGCAAAAGAAGAAGAUUAAGUGGUAUCAGUUUAAAAAGUAACCCGAGAGUUUUCGCUGUGGCAACACCCCGCGAAAAAAUCGAUUCAAACUUGAUUAAAAAUGACGAUUUAGAAACGAAAUUUUUUGGGGAUCAUUUUGACGCUUUUGAAGAAGCGGAGGAAGUUCCCAGUGGCGAAUAG